AACGAUAAGAAAAAGAGAGUUCAGUGACUAUUUCUGUCUGCCUUUCUUCGUUAGCAUCGGCACUGUACAAAGCUUUCAGAAUCAAUAUUUCAGUCACUUCUGUUCCACCACCACCACCACCACAAGGAUUCUCCUUUUCUUCACUUUCACAUGGCUGCCUGUGGUUUUGGGACUUCAGGCCUUAAAGUUGCGAACUUGGAUUUGGGUUCUGUUAGACCCAAAUUCAGCACUUUGCAGGCUUUGCAUGGUUUGAGGACUCAAAAGAUUGUUCAGUUUGAUGGUUUGCUGUUGUCAAUUAGAUCAAAGAAUACAAGAAUUGAGUGCCUAAGUUCGAAUUCUGAAGCUGAUCCAAAAGCCAGUACCAAUUUGGAGGACAAUUCAGAAGAGACUGUGUCCUCAGAUGCGCUAAGCACACUUAUCCCAAAUUCAUUUGAGGUAGAAUCUCUUCUGACGGUGCUUUGUGACACUACAUCCAUUGCGGAGUUUGAACUAAAACUCAGUGGAUUCCGGUUACAUGUGACAAGAAACUUGGCUGAGCAAAGUGUACCUCCAGAAGCUCCAUAUCUUGCUCCAGUUACCGCUCAUUCGGUUGCUGAGACUCCUCAUUCCGAUGACUCAGCCUCUUCGCCAUCUUUAGCCCUCAGCAAACGAGUACCUUCCUCAGGUGGACUUCAGCCACUGCUCGACAAAGCAGCCGAUCAAGGUUUGAAGAUACUGCAAUCUCCAAGGGUUGGAUAUUUUAGGAGAUCUCGUACCAUUAAGGGGAAGCGGGCUCCUCCAUCUUGCAAAGAGAAAGACAUAGUAAAGGAGGGCCAGGUGCUCUGUUACAUUGAACAGCUAGGUGGUGAAAGCCCCAUUGAGUCCGACGUUUCUGGAGAGGUGGUUAAGAUACUUAGAGAAGAUGGCGAUCCUGUUGGAUACGGUGACGCUCUUAUCGCAAUCCUGCCUUCCUUUCCUGGAAUAAUGAAGCUUAAGUAGAUUGUCCCAUGUAAGUUAUCAAGAUUCUAGGUUCCUGUCUUCUGUUAUGUUUUUGUAGCUUACUGUAUUCUUCAAUUUCUCUCUCUUUCUCUCUCUGUGUCUGGUGAGAAAGGAAAAUUGGAAAAUCUUAAGAAAUAUUGAACAAAUUGAUUGGCUCUAUGAAUAUUCAUAUGUUUUACCUUUGAAAGCAA